ACAUUGCUUGUUGUGCCAUGAAGUGGCUAUAUAUGACACAAGGCUGACUCUUUAAUAAUUUCACUAGACUUCCCUUUUACCACUAGAAUGGAAAUUUCAGGCAUUUCCUUUUCAACGGAAUCUCUGAAAUCUGUGUUCGUUACGUGUAUAUUAUAUUUCUGUAUAUUCGUCUGUAUUUAUAUUAUAUUAUAUUAUAUUCGAUUCGUUACGUUUCGAUUUACGGUUUUUGUAUUUCAUGCAUUCGCAUAUGUUACACACACUGUUCAUUUAUUUUAGAGAUAGCUCUGUCAUAACAAUAAUGGCGACUCGACUCGUCACGUGAUACGCGUUUCAUUGGUCUAUUUUGCUUCCAGCAGGAGUGUACCAACUUGGAGCAAAUCGGAAUCCAUGUAUCAUAAUAGGUAACGGGAUUAUACCAUAAAAUAUCUCACAGGGACGAAACUUUUAUCGGUACCUUUGAUGUCUGUCUUACAAGGUAUUCUUAUAACAUUGGAACUCGGAUGUUUAUGGAGACUAAUUUACGGAGUACGUAUAAAAGUUAUGUGCAAUGAACGUAGCUUCGGAACUCUGCAAUAUCGAGACAGAAAUCUCGAUUGAAAAAAGAGCCCUCUAUAACUUUAUGGUGACAACUGUAGCGCCAUUUACAUGUGGCUGCUCUGUUGGAGAAAGGAGUAGACCAACGAAACAAUAUUUAAAAGUGGCAUUGCAACCGUUGUAUUUACAAAAUCAUUGACAAUGAUCCGUGAUUGGACGAACGCGAGAAUGGCCGUUCUCGGUGGUUCAAAUUUGAGUUACGAAGACGAGCUUCGUUUCAGAUUUCUUUGAAUCGCAGCUAAAUGUGCUUGAAAAAAACAUGUCGAUUAAUGUUACAGUCAACGGAAACCCUUUAAGCAUAAAACGAGGAAGAAUGGUGUUGUCCGAUUUAGAUCAGAUUAAGAAAAAUGAGCGAGACCGGCGUCGAAGGUUACGUUUGGAGCAGGUACGUCAACAGUCAAAAGAAAUAUCGGACAGACUUUUGGAACGUGUUAAGAAUGUAACUAAGCAAGAGCAACAAAAAUUGGAAUGCAAUGAUAUUUUGAACUCGAGAAAUUCGUACAAUAAAAAAAUUAUGGACAUACAGGAGAAGUAUCAGGAAGACAUGGCGGAUAUUGGUCUAGCGCAUCUGUCUGCAUUGUUGGAACCUAAUUACAAUGCUAUUGCUCAAGAAAAAGAAAGGAACGAUAAGUUGACAGCAUUAAAAAGAGGAAAAGAAGUAGCAAAACAGUUACACGAGAAACAACAAAAAGAAUCUGUGCAACAACAGCAACACCAAAACCGUUUGCGUCAAGUAAGAGAAUUAGAGAAUCUAAGGUCCACAAUGAUAGCGAAUCUUCCCCACUUGCCAGUGGAGACAGAUAUUACAGAGGAAGAAAUUGACGAAGGAAAUAAGCAACAAACAUCUGCUACGAAGAAAACAAGGAAACAGUGUUUUAGAAAAUCACCUGGGAAAAUUAUGAACUCUCAUAAAAGGUGUGUCACAAGGGAUUCACAGACACGUUCGCUUCAUUUAAAAUCAAAAUUGCAAACAUCAAAAGACAAUUCAAACAAAGACCGUACGACUUUGCAAGAAAAAUCUGUUAAUAUUGCAGCAGAAGAACAAUCCACAGGGAAAACUACUGGUAUUGAAACGAACACUGAACAAAUUAUUCCCGAAUUCGAACGAACCGAUAAAAAUUCCGGAAAAGUGUCUGUUUCAACUGCCGCGCCGGUAGAAGUUGAUAAAACAUUGAAAUACAAUCCACAAGAUUAUGUGCAAUCAACUUCAGGAUCGAACUCUAGCAAUCAGAGCGAUACUUCUAGUUCAUUGAGCGACGAUUGUUCUUGUCUGCCUACUAGUACUAUGCAAUCAAAGUGCACAAAACCACCGAAACCGAGAAUUAAUUCUGUAGCAAAUGAUAAAGUACAAUUGUAUGAUCAUAGUAAGCAUCAAAGCAAUGUAUAUAAUAAACCAGUUGGUGUAGUUGAAAAGAUACAUGCAUGGACAGAGCCGAGUGCAAUGGAUCUAGCCCAAGAAACUGAAAAAGCUGAAGCGGUUAAGGCCCAUUUAACGGAAAGUCGGAAAGCUACCACUCAGAAACGCGGCAAAGACGCGGUGUUGAGAGAAAAGGUGCGACGCGAUUACCAGGCGCUAGUGCAGAAUUUACAUCAUCUCACAGUGGAAGAGCGUAAAUUAAAAGCUAAUCAAACUAAAUGUUACCAGAAAGAUGCACACGUGCUACAAGAACGGAGAAAGAUAUUAAGAGAUCAGCAUAAAAAGAAGCUAAACCGUGCGCUGGAAACAUUAUUGAACGGAGAAUGCUUGGAACAAUGUCCGUCGUAUCCUAUGGAGAGACAAAUCACUCUUACGCCUAGGGAACAAGGUAAAAAUGACAUGACUGCUGUGUGGGAAGAUCAUUGUUGCUCCAACGAGUACGCGGACAACAAAAGUGUACAAAGCAGAAAUAAGGAAAACGAGGCUUCGCGAGAGGAACAAAUAUUAGAUAUGUUGAAGAAGGUCGAAAAGCAGAAACAACUGUUAUUGAAAGAAUUCGGGGCAGAAUUACCAAGCGACAUAUUCAACGCAACCAUGAAGCCUUUGUUCGAAAAGGAUAAAUCGGUUCAAGCACAGCCAACUGUGUGCCGGGAUACAUCGGUCCAAACACCUUCGUCGCCGGAAGUCAAAGUAAUAAACGUACCUUGUCGCAACGAGAGUAGCCAGAAAGACAAGACGGAAACGAAGGAGAGCUCCGUGAAGAAAGUCGAAAUCGCGGUGCAAACUGUCAUAGGAAUGGGACACGAUGUAGCUCAAGAUAAAAGUAUUCAAGUGGAAAUGGUGCAAGAGAAGGGAGGUGGUCGCAAGACAACCGAGGAUGAAGUUGACAGACCUACCAAACACUAUCCGCUCGAACCAAAAAUUACAGUGAUCACACCGGAAGCGGACAGCAGCAUGUCGACGAGUUCCUUCGUAACGAAUAUGACCAACGACACCGGCAAGCAGUAUUCAGAGACAACUCGCAAGAAACCGAAGCAUAAAAAGAUGACUCCAAGGAGAGAGAAACAAAGAUCAGUCUUAGCCGGUGUGAACAAAACACCAACUUCCACGAGAAGGCUUCCGAAGAGCUUAUCAAGAUCACGAAUCGGGGGCCUGAGGAAGUCUACUUGUACAGCGACGAAUCCGCCCAGCAGGAAAAUCAAAAUAUACGUGAACAAGACCGGAUUCAAUAUCGAGGUGAACCCAUCUCAGACUCCAGAAGUGACCGUGGACGCGAGCACCCAGAGUUCCCAGAUAUUCUCCGCGGAGGUUCAAGAUCGGUCUACCGCUAAAUCGUACACCGUUCAAUCGAAAUCAACGCGAAUUAAAAUGAGAGACGUGUCGGACUCGUCGACGUCUUUCGCCAGUUUGCCGCCCGUCAAACCGAGGAACAUUCUGGAGGCGCUGAGCAACAACAUGUCCAUUCUCGAAAUGCUGGAUUCCUCGGCGAACGAAAGCAUGCGACUGUUGAGGAAAGACGUCAGUCCGGUGUCGACGCCGGAAACUCCUUCGCCGCGUACCAUGAGGAUGCCCUCGAACAAACCUCACGUUAGUAAACUCAGUAGAAUGCUUAGGUACACGUCGACGGAUUCGCAGGUGAACGACAACAGUGUACUGUCGUCUACGAGGAACGAUCAUUCGACGACGUCAGAUUCGUCUGGUUAUCAACAGAAAGAACAACGGUCGGCCGAGCAAACGAGGAAAUCGUCAGGACGAGAGGCUUCUUCGCGGGACGUCUGCUCGUGUAAGAAUCCGGAAUGCAAACUGAUGCACUUAAAACUCGACGAUAUUCAUAGUUACGCGUUGAAACACUGCCCCGAGAUACUGCAAAAGUACGAGGAUCUUCAGGCUAUGCGCACGGAGAGGAUCAUAUCAUUGACCAAUCUCAUCGAGAGGGUUCGGAACGAACAGAAAGGUAUGGAACUGUCGAUAAUCAGCGCGGGCGACGAGACCUCUUUAAUGCAGCUGCCGCCAACGAAAGCGAAGAAGAACGAUCUGCAAAGUGUUCGCGACCUCGUUGAGAAUAUAGAGGCUAUUCACAGCCAACUCGCGAGAACGCUCGCCGAGUCGCAGAACAUUGUCAAGAGUAAAACGGUCGCCACGCAGGACUCCGAUCACGCGCAAGAAACGGACGUUGAAACUCAGACGAACCAGAAUCUGCGGGAAGUCGCGAGUUCCUACCUGUCGGAAAUGGAAACGCAGCAGACCAAAGUCAGGCCGAAAAUCAUCAGCGACGAGAGAGUCAGCGUACAGCUCGACAAAUACAAGAUACAGCACAGGCCUAAGAGGUUGGAGGCGACAACGAAAGACCACGAUACGCGGCUUACUUCGAAACUACACGACGAGGAAAUGAUAAAAACGCUGUCGCAAGAAAUUUUGGAGCAGAGUAAAGGUUUCGCCAACAAUCUAGCGACGAAAGAGUACACCGGUUCAACGACGGAUCAGAGGCUUCAAACGGACGUCGUCGACUGCAGAAAUGAUCCUCCUUCGAGCGCAACGAAGAAUAUAGCCACGCAAAAGCAUUUCAGUAAAGAGGUGAAAAGAACGGAUUUUGUUCCGUUACUCGCAGACAUUCCAAAAGUAACGAGAACCGUGGACAGCUCUAUAUUCAUCAAUGGGAGAAACAAACCACCUGUGAGCUUGCUCAGCGGACCAUACAGGACUGAAAUCGAAUCAUCGGGUCACGAGCUGUCGACGAUCAUCGAAUUCGACACACCGGACACUGUGAACAAAAGUCAGGGUAACGUUAAAUCUCCAGCCUCGGUGAAGAAAAUCGGAGAAACGCGAAUGACUAGAAACACCGUGAUAGUUCAGCCAUCGGAGCACGUGGCUGUUUCCGUUAAUACGCAUGAUCAGCAGCAGUCCGAGAAGCUGUACGAUCCUACGGUUUCGAAGCUGUCGGAGGCAAUGAAAUAUAAGGCAGUAAGUAGCGCGACACGAUUCGAGGUGCCAAAGGUGUUCAAAGUUAUUUCCCCGCGAACGGAAGGCAAAGAAACGACAAACAAGAAGCUGCAAUGCGACACGGAAAACGAAGGGUUGUCGUUGAAAGAAGAAACACAGCCUCUGCCUUCGACGAGCAACAACGCGAACGAGGAGAAUAAAAAUAAUAAGGACAAAAUAAUGUCUACAAGCUCGAACAGUUUCUCCGGGCUGUCCGGGAUAUCUCAGAUAGCGAGUACACCGUCGUCCGACAUAUUGAAGUAUGCGUCGUCCCCGGAAGAAAUGGAAAUAGCCCUGAAGAAGCUCGGCCUGGGUUGGGCGAUAACGACUUUGAAGAAAACACGCGAAGCCAGCGCGUUGAGCUCGUCGUCUAAUUCCGACGAACGGACACCGAUGAACACUGGCAAAAGGAUAUCGCCUGUUAAGAAACAAUUUGAUAAUAAUUAUGGGCUACCGGACUUCAGCGACGUGUCCUCGAUAUCCGUGAAAGAAGCCAGCAAGAGUACAGAACACGCGGUGCUCCUGAACAAAGGGAGAACCUCUACGCCGUUGCAAUCGAAAUUGCAGAAUUCAAAUUGCAAUAGCGCGACGACCAGCACCAGCAGCACGAACGUCUCCGAAAAUUUACAGGAGCCCAGCGAAGUUCUGAUAAUUCCUGAUAUAGCUCUUACCAGCUCGAAAUCGAAUAUUAAGAAGCUAGAGAAUCUUUAAUAGAUAUUUUGACUUAUUGGUUUACAUUACAGAAUUUAUAUUGACAAAACAUGCGUGUAAUAUAUUAAGAAAAAUCUUUAUUCCGAGUAAGUACGUUAAUGUUCAACAUUCAAUUAAAUAUGAACGAUAUUUGUAUGUAUAGUGUUUUCACUUUUAGUAUGUAGCUGUGGCGUAUAAGAUACAAAUGUUAAAUCUUGGGCAUUUUACACUCGAAAUUCGUCGGUGUGCCCUGAUCACGCGAGAAGAGGAUCGGCUCUAAUUCUCAUACGUAUAAAAAUGCUGAAAUGUUUGAAAGUAAUAAUUAUUUAUUAGAAAGUUUCACUAUAUUAUCUGAUUUUUCAAUGUGAAAAAUUGCAUUUGUUCGGCGUUCCUUCAUAUUAACUUGACGUGCAAAUCAAUGUUGCUAGUAAAGGUGUACACGUACUGCAAUAUUGAUAGUUUUAAUGCUGAUAUUUAGUAGAACUAUAUUUUAAAGAUUGUAUAUUUUAUUUGGACAUGAGAAUUUGAUACUAGUAGAUGGUUAACGAUUCAUUCUUAGAAAUUGACGACACCGAAGUUAAAAAAAUAAGUAAUCAUCGGUUGAACAUUUUUUUAUAACUAGAUAACGAUAUAAUUAAUAAUAACCUUUGACCUUUUAUCGAAUCAUUUUAAUAGGGGAACAAGUUUUCCAUCCACUCUAUCACUUGUUAUUCUUUGUGUAUAUAUAUAUACAUAGUCGAAUGAAUUAAAAAUAAACUGUUUAUAAAAUUUUCUGCGUUAUUUUUAUUAAUAAUUUUUACAAAUAUGCAUCGGUAAGUGUACACAUUUACUGCAUGUUUUCAUUAUAAUGUAUACAUAAAUCAGCACAACAUUAUUACCAUUCCAGAUGCACACCAGAGAAAUUUUAUGUAUAACAACUUUUUGUACUUUUUUUUUCUAACUAUAAAGUUUGAGACAAACUUUUAAUGAUCAAUGCAAUUGUUCUUUUUAUUAUUAAUGUAUUCAUUCUUCCAUUAAUCUUAAGAGUGUGAUAAUUUAUCCACACUCGUUAAAAGUAUUCAAUAAAUUUAUUGAACAUUGUCUUCUAUCAAAUGAUUUAUAUAUAUAUAUAUAUAUUAUUUAUAUAAUAUAUAUUAUUUAUAUAAUAUAUAUAUAUAUUAACUAUACAUACACAUAUGUAAGCGUAAGUCUCUUACCAGGAGUGUAUCGAUAGUUUCUACAAAAUAUUCAUGAAAUCUAUGUUAUCUGAUCAUCAUAAUUAUGAAAUGCUAUACAUAUCAAAAAUGACUUUUAACAUUACACACUUAAUGAGCAUAUUUUUCAAACGCAGAAGUCCUUAAACUCAUUACUGCAUUGUAUCGAUACCCAUAGAAAAAUGUUGCUAUUACAGAAUAAAAUGGGUUCAAAGAAAAAGAGAAAAAAUUAUUGAUAUUUAUACAAAAUUCGUUAACUACUUACGAAUAAUAAAUACAUUUAAAGUUUCGAACGAUUUUGCUAACAUUUGUAAUUUACCUCUGAAUAUUUUAAAUGCUUACAUGCACAUCGUACACUUUGUACGAUAAAUUAUAAAGUAGGCUCCAUCGUGAGGGCAAUAUUUGAAGUGUUAAUAUAGACAAUUUGACUUAUAAAUAUUCAUUCAAAUUAAAUAACAACGUUCAACUCCAUACAUCACUCGAAUAACGUUUCUGUGAGUCCAUCUUCUUAAUAUACGUAGCUGCAUCGAGUUCCGCCAUCUUUCCUUUCUCCAUUACAACUUUCAAUAAUAUAUUAUGCACGUCCCGCGCCAUGUUCUUAGCAUCCCUAAUGAAACACGAUAAAUUCGUUGAAAUUAUACAUCGUAAAAGUAAGAAGAGUGUGGAAAUAUUAAGCAUCAAUAUAUGAAAUAUUAACUUAU